UGUGUGCUUCACGUCCUUCGGCGUCACGUCACGCUAAAACGUCAGGCUCGCCGCGCGCCGAGUCUCGCGCCGAGCCGCGGAUCUGUAAACCAUCUGCCCGUCCGUCCGGCGAGGUACAUGGCGUGCAGAUCACGCUUUCUGCCCCAGCGCUGUUUCUGGACGCGCCCUCACUUCCGAGUGCGUUGGGGGGUUAGAGUAAAUAAUAACACCGUCAGGGGGGCUUGUGUCUGUGUUGCCAAGAGAACGCGGCGCGAGGAGUUCAGAUGGCGCGGGUCUCGCGUGCUUUAAAGCAGUCAGUUUGACGACUUAUUGAAUGUGACAAGACAUGAAUAAACCCAAAAUGGCGUCUGAAAAAAGUGCUUCCCGGGUGCUGAUGUUGCUGAGUCAGCUGGAAAGACAGAAUGAGGAGCCCAAAGUCUCUGAUAAUGAUGCCAUCCGGCAGAUCACAGGCAAAAUCCUUCACCUCAUCCAGACUCAAGAGAAGACCCGUAAGGAGGUGGCGUCUAAAAGCUCUGGUGGGAUGGAGAUCAUUCUGUCGUCUCUGGAGAAUACACAGGAUUUGCAGACCACUCUCAACAUCCUCACUAUCUUGAACGAACUGUUGACUGUGGGCGGAGGCCGCCGGACCGGGGUGUUCGUUUCUAAAGGAGGAACAGCCAUUCUGAUGCAGCUGCUGGUGAGCUCCAGCAAAGACCCCCCGGCCAGCGAGGAGCUGAUGCUUCACGUUCACUCUCUGCUGGUCAAAGUCGGCCCCAAAGACAGGAAGUUCGGCGUGAAAGCGCGUCUGAACGGGGCUCUGAAUGUGACUCUGAAUCUAGUGAAGCAUAAUCUGCAGAACUACAAGCUGUUGCUGCCGUGCCUUCAGGUGCUUCGGGUCUACUCGAGCAACCUGGUAAAUGCAGUGUCUCUGGGAAAGAGUGGCGCUUUGGAGAUCAUGUUCGAAAUCAUCGGACCCUUCAGCAAAAAGAGCACCACUCUGCUGAAAGUGGCCUUGGACACACUGGCAUCGUUACUGAAGUCUGGAAUGAAUGCCCGUCGGGCAGUGGACAGAGGAUACCUUCCCACGCUACUCACAGUUUAUCAAGACUGGCACCGCAAUGACACGCGUCACCGCCAUGUGGUCAUCCGCAAGAGCAUUCUGGGAUGCAUCAAAAACCUCACUAACAUUAAGCUUGGCAGGAAGGCCUUCAUAGACGCCAAUGGGAUGAGGAUCCUUUAUAACACAUCCACUGAGUGCCUGCCUGUCCGGACACUGGAUCCUCUGGUCAAUACCUCCAGCCUAAUCAUGAGGAAGUGCUUUCCAAAGAACCGCCUGCCACUGCCUACUAUUAAAAGUGUCUUUCACCACCCGCUACCACACAUACCAGCAGGUGGACCGGUGGCGCAGCUGUACAACCAGCCGCCUGGAGUGGACGAUGUAGUUGAUGAGAGCGACGAGAAUGAGGCCACGGAGGUCGACACAGAAAAUGACACGGAGUAUGACGAGGAUGAUGCCGGACACAAAACACAGAAUGACGACAUAGAGACCGAUAUCAACAAACUGCGGCCCAUACAGAUGAUGACGCGUCCGUUUGAUGAGCUCAGAACCUACGAGUAUUUCUGUCGGGAAUUCAGCGAGAAUUUUGAGGAUGAUGACUUCGAGAGCCCCAGAUCUGUCAUCCCUCCAUUGAGCGUGAACUCAGAGCUCCAUCGUCCCAUCAUCAUUCCCACCACGCCGAGCUCCUUGGGUCCUCAAAAUAGACGUCUGCUUCCAGAGGACCUCCUGACGCCAAACGAAUCGCCUCUGGAGCUGGACAGCAUUUCCAUAUCGAAAAGGCCAGAGAGCGCACCGGACCCCGAUCUGGUCUGUAGUUUGGGCCGUCUGGUUCUAGAUGUGAACGGAGGCUCUGCGGACGGACCUCAGGACGAGGCCGGGGAACAAGCGGUGCUGGAAGUGCCGGACACCGCAGCCCUGCUGCCGCUGCACGACCCUGACCUUUACCUAGAGAUUGUGAAGAGCACCCGCUCAGUGCCGGCCUACACCGAGGUCGCUUACCCAGAUUACUUCGGGCAUGUGGCACUCAACCUCCGCGAGCCCAUUCUAGAGAGGGUUUAUGGAGUGCAGAGAACAAAGAUUUUCCAGGACAUUGAGAGGCUCAUUCACCCCAGUGACAUCCUCGAUAAAAUUGUAUAUGACUUAGACAUUCAGAGUUGUCCAGUAAUUGAGAACGGGGAGUCUCUCAAGUUCAACUCGAAGUUUGAGUCCGGAAACCUACGGAAAGCAAUACAAGUCAGAAAGUUUGAGUACGACCUGAUCUUGAACUCUGAUAUCAAUAGUAAUCACUACCACCAGUGGUUCUAUUUCGAGGUGGGCAAUAUGCGUCCUGGAGUUCGUUAUCGAUUCAACAUAAUCAACUGUGAGAAGUCCAACAGCCAAUUUAAUUACGGCAUGCAAGUGCUCAUGUACUCAGUACAGGACGCCAUCAAUGGCAGGCCCCAUUGGGUUAGAACAGGAUCAGACAUCUGUUACUACAAGAAUCAUUUCUCACGAAGCUCCAUUGCAGCUGGCGGUCAAAAGGGCAAAUCGUACUUCACCUUGACCUUCACUGUGACCUUCCAGCAUAAAGAUGACGUUUGCUACUUUGCCUACCAUUACCCAUACACCUACUCAAUGCUAAAGAUGCAUCUGCAGAAGCUAAGUGCUUUGCGCACAGCUCAGAUCUACUACAGACAGGAUGAUCUGUGUGAAACUCUGGGAGGAAACAGCUGUCCCCUGCUCACCAUCACAGCCAUGCCUGGAUCAUCCAGCAACGAUCACAUCGGCCAGUUUAGAAGCCGUCCAGUGGUGUUUCUGUCUGCGCGGGUACAUCCUGGAGAGACCAACUCUAGCUGGGUGAUGAAGGGCACUCUAGAGUAUCUCAUGAGCUGCAGUCCUCAAGCUCAAAGUCUAAGAGAGAGCUACAUCUUCAAAAUCAUCCCCAUGCUCAACCCCGACGGCGUCAUUAAUGGAAAUCAUCGUUGCUCUCUGAGCGGGGAGGAUCUGAACAGACAGUGGCAGAACCCCAAUGCCGAGCUGCACCCCACCAUCUACCACUCCAAGAGCCUCCUGCAGUACCUCAGAGCUACAGGAAGAACUCCACUGGUGUUCUGUGACUAUCACGGCCACUCACGGAAGAAGAAUGUUUUCAUGUACGGCUGUAGUAUUAAGGAGACGGUGUGGCAGACCAACGUCAACACCAGCACCUGUGACCUACACGAGGACCUGGGAUACAGGACUCUGCCGAAGCUGCUGUCUCAGAUGGCUCCAGCGUUCAGCCUGUCCAGCUGCAGCUUUGUAGUGGAGCGCUCUAAAGAGGCCACGGCGCGCGUGGUGGUGUGGAGAGAGAUCGGCGUUCAGCGCAGCUACACCAUGGAGAGCACGCUGUGCGGCUGCGACCAGGGCAAAUACAAGGGGCUCCAGAUCGGUACAAGUGAGCUGGAAGAAAUGGGCUCCCAGUUUUGCUUGGCUCUGCUCAGGCUAAGACGCUUCACAUCGCCCUUGGAGCUCCACAACCACAACUCCCAUCUGCUGGACAUGGAGAACGACCUGAUAGACACCCGCAGCAUCCCCAACAUCACCAGUCCCACCACAUACGUGUUGGACGAGGAUGAGCCGGCGUUCCUGGAGGAAGUCGACUACAGCGCCGAAAGCAACGACGAGAAUGAUCCCGAUCUUGAACCCGAUCUCCAGGAUAACCAUGCCCUCCCGGACCCUAAUUCCGACUCGGAGUUCAGCCGCCAAGACUCACUUAACUAAACCCGAAGCAGACUCACUUUAGUGUAAGGCUUUAGCUGAUCUCACCGGUCUUUUGCCCGUGUACUACAUCACCCGUGUUUGCCUACUUGCCUACUUUAUAGAAGCUGGUUUGUUCACAAAGCCGACUUAAUUUAGAGUAACUCAAACAUAACAUGUUAACGCAGAAGAUCCUUUUGAGGCCGUGAUGCUUAUAGGUGCUUCACAGGUUACGGCAUUAUUACUAACGUUAGAAAUCAAUCUAAAACAUGCCGUUAUUAAAAUGGAGGAAAGGUUUUGUCGCUAUUUACUCAUUUUUUCCAAAAAACGUUCAAAAUUCUGUAGAACGCAAAAGUAGAUGUUAUGAAGUAUGUUUUUUUUUUUGUAGUUUUAAAGGGGUAGUUCAGCCAAAAGUCAAUAUUUGCUGUUCAUUUCUCAGCCUGAAGUCCUUCAAGAAAUAGGUGGCUUUUUCUUGAGUAGAACAGUAAAGAAGAGUUUUAGCUGAAACCGUGGUCCUCAGUGAUUUGUAAAAUGAUCUUUAGAAGCAAAAAAGCAUAUGCAGGCAACGCAAAAUGAAUACCAAUGGCUCUCGAUAUAUAUAUUGAGGCCGGAGCGAAACGUUCGGUGUGUGCAAGAAACUCAACGUUAUCUGUAAUCCAGAGCUUCACUUAAAACGGCGAGUAUGUAAGGGUCUGGAUAACGUUCGGGGUCUUGCGUGGACCAAUCGUUUCGCUUCAUGAGGCCUCAGUGUAUCAUCAGGAGCCAUUAGUAUCCAUUGUGUGUUAUUUGCAGUCCCAGGCAACAAUUAAUUGCAAUUAAGUUUUUGUUUACACAUAUAUUAUGUGCACAAAAACUUUGGAUGCGAAUAUUUGUUGCCCAGCACUAAUUGCUUUUUUUGGCUCUUCAAAAUUACUAUUUUAUAUAUAUAUAUAUAUAUAUAAAAAAAAACACAGGCCAAACCUCUUUAAUGAAGAAAAAGCCACCUACAUUUUAGAACGGCAAAUGUUCAUUUUUGAGCCAACUAUCUCCACUAUUACGUGUUCCACAGAAGAGCAGAUUUUGGAAGGAGUAAACGACGGUACCUUUAAAACUGCAAAAACGCAAGAAAUCGGAUGAAAUGGUCAAUUACACUUAUUAACAAAAAUGCAACGCUAUGUGCUAAACGGUCUCUAAUUUCACAGUUCUGGUGCUAUAUUAUUAAAGGCCAUGACCAUUUUAUAAACGCCGGUGUUUCGUUGACUCGCUUUUGAUUAAGAACAGCUGGUACGGCUGUAAUCCUGAUGCAACGUGACAUACGGUCAUCUAACAAACCACAGUAACAUCACCACGAGGACAGGAUCACCGCUGCACGCUCGUAACCUCACAGUGCAACAAUGCAGUCUAAUGAAUGUAACGUCACUCUUACUCUCACCCGCUAGGACCUCCGCGAGGCCGCAGCGCUAGAUCAGUAUUGUUUGUGUGAGUGCGCGUUCACGGCACAUUUUGUGGCUGUACUUGCUUUUCGAUUGGGAGAGCUUCCGUAUUUUAAUUUAGAUGUUAAUAUUUAUUUGUCGCGUUUGUAUAAGUAGUGCAUGGUUUUUGGAAGUCGCCUUUUUAAUUUAUAUUAUUCGUUUUUAUUGGGAGGAAAGGAAGGUAAAAGUUGAUUUUCGGUGCGAGUGUGCUUGUUUGUGUUCGUGUUCGUUUGAUGUCAGCAGUUGGCCAAAGUACUAAAUGUGUGUAUGGGGUAGAGAAAAAUGUAUACGUUUGGUUGUGUUUGAAUGAUUGUCAAACUUUGAUUGAAAGUAUGGGUAAUAAACAACUAAGUUAAACUCA